CGUCGCGGAGAGCACGCGUAUACCUCCAAAAAAAACCGCUCACGCGUUCGAUUACGAUAUUAUCACUGAAAUACAAAAACAAAAAUAAAACUCAUAAAAAUUAUGCACUACUAAUAUAAAAUUGUGUAUCUGUUCGAAAUAGACUUAGGUUGUACAAAUAAUAAUUUUGUAGUGUAUUGGUGGACUUUAUGAUGAUGAUGGCCAGUGCAAAGUUGGUGAGGAACUGUAGCUCGGAGCUCAGCUCCGACGUACGGUCGUUGUCCGUAGCGUCUUCCACUGAGGAACAGGAGUCGACCACCACAGAAUCUGAGUAUACUGAAGAAGAAAAAGAGUAUGAACUGGAUGAUCUUCAGAUAUUGAAAACAAUUGGUACCGGCACAUUCGGUCGGGUAUGCCUAUGUCGAGAUAAGGCUGCUGAUGAGUAUUUGGCUAUGAAAAUACUGUCGAUGGCGGACGUCAUACGUUUAAAACAAGUUGAUCACGUCAUGAACGAGAAAAAUAUAUUAUCAGAAAUUAAUCAUCCCUUUAUAGUAAACUUACGGUGGUGGACUCACGAUGAUUCGUGUAUUUAUAUGCUGUUCGACUACGUAUGUGGCGGCGAAUUGUUCUCAUAUUUAAGAAAUGCUGGCCGAUUCAGUAAUACUAUAGGUAAUUUUUAUGCAGCGGAGAUAGUAUCAGCAUUGGAGUAUCUACACGCUCGUAACAUCGUCUAUAGAGAUCUCAAACCUGAAAACUUACUGCUAGCGAAGGACGGCCAUUUGAAGAUCACCGAUUUCGGCUUUGCAAAGAAAUUAACUGACCGAACGUGGACACUGUGUGGUACACCGGAGUAUCUAGCACCAGAAAUUAUUCAGAGUAAAGGACACAACAAAGCAGUCGAUUGGUGGGCUUUAGGUGUCCUUAUUUACGAGAUGUUGGUUGGUUAUCCGCCGUUCUAUGAUGACAACCCAUUUGGUAUAUACGAGAAAAUUUUAAAUGGACGAGUGGAUUGGCCACGACAUCUUGAUCAAAUUGCAAAAGACGUUAUCAAGAAGUUACUUGUUCAAGAUAGGACCAAAAGGCUUGGCAACAUGAAGUGUGGUUCAGAGGAUGUCAAGAGGCACAGGUGGUUUAAACAUAUCGAUUGGGCAGAUGUUUUCAUGAAAAAGUUACAGCCACCAAUAAUACCGUCGGUCUCCUACGAAGGUGACACCUCCAAUUUUGACGAGUAUCCGGAGACUGACUGGAAGGCAGUACGUUCCUUGGAUCCAGAUGAACUCAAGUUGUUCGCCAACUUUUGAUGGACAACACAUACAUUAAGCAGUGGCUAUCAUUAACGGUUGUUUAUCUUCUGGAACAAUUAGUUUUAGUCUAUGAACAAUAGUACGCCAUCGUGGAGCUUUUUUCUGUACAUAAUGCCGCCAGAAGCCUAAGAGUUAUACAGUCAUUUACGUCAUUAGUAGUCAUUAGCGUUGUCUAUCAAGUUUGGACAGUGGCACUUUUUGAUUAUUGUAACACGUAUAAUACAAAAAGUUCUAAUAGUAAUAACGAAAGAGUAGCGUAUGUAAAUAUUGGGUUUAAUUUAAUAAUAUGUUAAUUUAUUAUAAGUUGUAUUAAAAUUAGUAGAAGAAGGAGUAAAGGACGUAAGAGUUUAUUGAUAGUAAAAAAAUAAUAACCGUCCGUUGUUGGAAGAUCUUAUGAGACUGCAAUUAAAGUGUUUUGAAGCAUGGUGUAGUAAUAAUAUUAGGCGAACAUGCAACAUGUGCGCUACAUAUAUUUAUAAUAAAUGCUUAACGAAUUAAGUAAGCUCCAGCAUACAUAGAGAUAUACAAUACACAGAGUAAAUUUCAUUCAAUAUACGCAACACAUGUGCAUUUAUUUAUAACAUACUUGAAAUAUUCGGCUAAGAGAACGCUUUCCCUAAACGCCUGCAUUCCCUGUUAGAUUUAAAGGAACUAAAAGUAUAUUUUGUACAGUAUAUAUUCCCAGUUUCAGCAGUAGAUUAAGAAGAUUAUUAUAAGAUGUAUGAUUAUCUAUAUCAAAUAUCUAUGAUAUUUCUAAGGUAAUAUUUAGGUAGUAAAUAAUUUGGUUGGUUUAUUACUUAAAUAUUAUCUUAGAAAUGUUAUAAUAGGUAAAUUUGAUGGAUAUUUUUUUGCAUUACAUAAUGAGAGCGUCCUCUUAGAAUUUCGCAGCUAUUCACAAUUAUCUAGUGAUCUUAAAUAUCCUAAUAUAUAACUAACUAAGAAUCAUUGAAUGAUUUAUUUCUUUAUUUUCAUGUUGUGAGAAUAACUUGUGUCCUAUAGAGGGUUAAAUAGUUAGUAGUAGUUAUUAAUACGGUAGGUUCGAUUUAUCGAGUUCUAUCGACAAAAUGAUGAAGUCAGUUAAAUUUAAUUUAUGUAUAAUAAUAAAAUAUAUUAAAUUGCACUGCGUAGGGUUUAAGAAAGCCAGUCGAUACGACAUAUAUUUUUAAUAUUGCCAGAAAAGUUAUAUGUAAUUAAAAAUUAAAAUAAAUAAAUUUUAAAUUAAUCACGCUUUACAAUUCCAUUGCUUCUUAGUGCAAGGUUUAAAUUAUUAGUCGUUAGAUAAUUUAGUUUUAUUUUGUUGUAUAUAGUAGUUCAAUAUUUUUGAUUAUCUGUGGGUUAGUAUAGUUUCAAGAAACUAUGAAGAGUGUUAUAUGAUAGUUUGGUCUGAGCAAGAAGGAUUCUUAUCUUUCUGUUUAAGUUUUUUUAUACUCCGACGGUAACAAUCAAGCCCUUGGUAAUCAAUAUGGCGUUUUUCUUGCUAUAUGGUAAUCGUAACCUAUGCAACAAUGGAACACCAAAAUAACACACUUUUGUCCGCACUUUCUAUUCACCAAUCGUGUUAGAUCAAUAUCAAAUAGAGCUAGAAUUUAUAUUAUCAUAUGUAACACAUAUAUUUUUGUUUGAUAAAUGGGUUAAAAAUACACAGAACAUUAAUUUCGUUUACAUUUCAUAAAUAGAAUAAAAUAAUAAGCACAGAAGUCUUCUGUGCUUGAACCCAAUUUUACGAAGAUUUAUUGAUUGUUAUUUCUUUUUUUAGUUUCAUCCACUCUUUCAUAGUCGUUCCAGAUUAUCUACUGAAUCGUUAUCGAUUCAAUAGAUAAUGAGGAACUAUAAUUUGCAUAUGCAAAAUAAGGUUUUAGACGUAAUUUUUUUGCUAUACAUUGAAAGAUAGGUCAGUAAGGAUAUUUGUUUUUCGAAAGGACAAUUAGUCAAGAUUUUGUUUGGUGUCAUGCAAUUUUGUAUAAUAUAAAUUUUAUUAUAUGUGUUAUAUUAUAUUUUUUUUUGUGUGGAACUGCACCUAGUUUUUGGUAAAAAUAUUAAUUUCUGUUUAUGAUUUGUCGAUUGGUAAGUAUUACAUAUUUUCUGUAUGUUUUUACGAAAUAACCUUAAGUAUGAAAAAGCCAUAUAAUUAUAUAUAAAAUCGGUUAUUUACACCUGUUUUAACAACAAAUAUUAUUAAUUGUUGUUAUUUUAAUUUAUGGUAAACAAUUUAUUAUGUAACAAUGUUAUUAAUUUUUAAGAAAUAAUUUAUAUAAAAACAUAUUUUAAUAUAACUUUAUCUAAGCUACAGUUCUAUUCUAUAUUAGUACAUUGUCUUACAAUAUUACCACUACAAAUCAAUUUCAAUACCAAGAUUUAUAUAUGACAGAUGUAAGUAGGUACAUAUAUAUGUGUAUGAUAUUAAGAAAAAUAAAAUAACCUAAUAGAAAUGUUAUCAAUCUUGCAAACUACAAUCACGUAUGAAACAAAUUUCGUAUUACUGCAUAAUAAUACGAAAUUUGUUUCACACGUGAUUGUAGUUUAAAAUGACAACAAAUUUCUAUGUAAAACAAUUAAUGUUUGAGGUUAGUUGGAGAUCUAUAGGAACGGUAAACAUACUGCUAGAGCACAAAUAGUGGACUAAUAGGAUGGUUAUGUGACGUGAAAUCUAUUUUUAUUAAAAAAUAUACUGAAUAAAUAAUUUAAAAAUGAAUUGGUAGUAAUAACCAAAUAAGUAAUGUUUAUCUGAUUUUAUAUAAUAUUGUAAAUAUUGGAUAUAUUUAACCAACAAUCUAUACGGUAAGCUUUAUGGACCGUUGGUUGACUAUUUCCGAGGUUUUCUCCUAUUUAUUUGAGCUCGGCUAUGGGCUUAACUGUUCUCGAAGAGAUAAAUGUGUAUUAUUUAUAAACAGGCCAUAUAAUAUAUAUAUACUUUCUGUGAUGUCAUUAGUCUUGAAAUUCAUAAAAAAAUUAAGCAAAACAUUGGAGAUUUUUAAUUAAUAAAAUUGAGAAUGUUGACAGGGUUGUAAAUUAUAAA